CAGAACAGACAUGCGCACCAGUGCUAAGCGGCUUCUGUGCUCGAGUUUAGACAAACAGCGCCUCUGCGUGGACAGGAAACAGUAAACACUGUCAUCAUGAGACAAACUCUGUAUGUUUACGGUGUCAAACUGUCCCCGCUGGAGACAGACAACGGGUAGAAGACGGCGUGUAACGCGACAUACUGUGGGUUUAGCCUCUUGACGGGGCCCCUGGGCCGUGCUCUGAUGUUAGCUGCAGUUAACGUGAUGCUGCGGCGCUAGCAAACAACAGCUAUCGGUAGUUACCACGCUAGCGUCCAGCAGCAGCAACAUGGAGCGACUGCGGUGAGAAAUAAAUCGUUUCCAGUUUAUUUGAGCGUCCAUGCUUUCAUCCCGAGCAGCUGCGGUGCGUGUUACUCUGUCAACUGUGGCCAACGCAAUGGCCUCUCUAGCAGCGACAUCCUCCGAGCCUCCGGGGCUGCGAGCAGCGGCCAGCCGAGAUGCGUGCUCCGGGAGCCCGCUGCAGAGGCUGCAGAGGCUGCCUGCGGUGCCCGGAGCCUCCCCGAGCCGAGUGAACGACCUGCUGCUGCUGCGGCCUCACACACACAGCCUGGGGGAGCCCGAACCAGAGGGGAAGAGCAGCGGGCAUGUUGUGUUCUUCCACGGAGAUAUACAGAACUUCCAGGAGGAGAUGGCCGUGCAGCCUGAGGGAGCUCAGUGGCUCUCCUGGAGUCUGGAGCAGGUGGCCUUCACUCUGGGCAGACGUUUCCCCGACCAACACGUUUGGGUGGUCAGAGCCUCACGCAUGUAUCUCCACAAGUUCAGCUGCUACCGCAACUUUGUGGAGAGCAACAUGUUCGGGGCACCAGAGUACUCACCUGACUUUGGAGCGUUUCGACAGCUCAGGGCUCUACUGAGCAACGGCAUGGAGCGAGCCAACCUUCCAAACCCCCUCCAGCCACAAGGAGGUGCUGAUAGCAUCCCCUCAGAGUUUUCACUGAUGCUGGUUGGCUUCAGCAAAGGCUGCGUGGUGCUGAACCAGAUGUUGUACGAGCUGGGCGGGGCCCGCGCUGACCCGCAGAUGUCCCCUUUCAUUAAAUGCCUCUCUGCCAUGUACUGGUUGGACGGUGGCCACCCGGGGGGCAGUGAGACCUGGGUGACAGACAAGCGGGUGCUGAAGGAGCUCGCUGCCAGUGGGGUGUCAAUUCACGCCCAUGUAACCCCUUAUGAGGUGUGUGACCCAAUGCGGGCCUGGGUGGGCCGAGAGCAUGGACACUUCAUCAAAACCCUGGAGCAAUUCGGGGCCUGUCCGAGUAAGAAGCUGCACUUUGAGGAAGAGCCGCCCUCCAUCGAGAACCACUUCAGGGUCAUCCAGGAGUUUUGAGUGUGGUUCGGAGUGGCCAUGAGCACAUGAAGAGCACACACACACACACAUGCAUGUCUCUCUAUAGUUGUGAGGACACUCAUUGACAGAAUGCAUUCCCUAGCCCCUUACCCUAACCUUAACCAUCACAACCAAAUGCCUAACCUAAACCUAAUUCUAACCCAUACCCCAAAACCAAGUCUUUAUAUGCGAGGAGCAGACAAAAUGUCCUCACAAUGAUGGUAUGGCAAAAUUGGCCCUCAUAACUAUAGAUGGACAUGCAUACACUUACACAGCGCUUUAGAUAGUUAGCUUACAGCCUUUGUCUUGUUGGCUGGUUUUACCUCAGUCUUCUGGAGAUUUCAGGGCUCAGACUUAAGAGCAUGUGACAGAUGCUGGUGUGUUAUGUUUCCUUUCUGCUGCUUAAUGCCCUCAAUCUGAGGUGGAAUGAUCAGGUAGCCUUCCUCCGUCUCUGCUAGAAGACCUUGGAGGAAUGGAACAUUCACGGUCUUCUUUCAGGGGCUUUCCCAAAAGCUUUUUUUUUUUUUUUUUGUAUGAAUCCAUAUUAAUAAUAGUAAGUAAAAAAAGUAAUGCAGCCUUCGAAAGCUGAUGUAGACGUCCAUUACGCUAAACAUGUCUUCCUCAGACCACAUUAGUUUGGUCUUCACUGAUUCUAGAUUGUCUAGUCAACCAGUGGCCGAUAGAUGAAGCCAAGUACAGUCAGAACGUUAAAACUGGUUCUGUCAUUCCCUCAGUGGGAAGAAUGUGUCAGAGCUUUUGUGUUUGAUUGUCAGGUUGCUUAGUUACCAACAUAAACAAAUCUGCUUGUUGUUGUUACUCUGAUCUAAUAGCAAAUGACACAAUCUCCCCUCAAGGUUCAUUUAGUAAUGGAGGAUGUGGAGUCUUGUUAACGAGUUGAUGAUCAUGUGGACCUCAAGGUGAGAUUUUCUCAACUGCUGUGUUCAAGAGUCAACUUUAAAACUCCUAUGACAACAUUCUUCGACAUAUUACCUGACUUCCUUAGGAUAAACCUUUUUGUUUUGUCACUUUUUUCUAAAUAUUAACAAACUUUAAUUUUCUCAAUUUACUUUUGAUUAGAUUUGUUUCCUCAUAACACAUUUUUAUAUUUUUGACAAUAUACAAAAUUACCUUUAUAAAUAAAAGGUUAGAAGUAGACAAACUAAUGUUUACGAUGUAAACAUUUCCAAAAUAUAUUUACAAGUUAAUAGAUGAAAGGUAUGUAAUAAUUUGAAUUAAAUAAUUUGACCAUGCUCCCCAUAGUAAUGUUAAUAUACAUAUAGUAAUGUACAUUGCUGUAUGUAAAAUGACACAUACUUGCUGGUUGUCUGAGAUGUGAUGAGACUGCUGCUUAUGUCAGUGUUGGCAGCAUGUGUAUUAACUUGUAUGUUGUCUUCCAGUCUGUAUGUAUCUGUAAGCUUAUGUAGCAUCUUUGCACUUUGCUGACGGCUGCAGCUCAUUUCACUGAAUGUAACUUCAGGGCAUUCCAUUGUGUUUACUUGCUGUGUGUUAGCGUUGGGUUGUUUAUCUACUACACAGCCAACUGAACACACUGUGCUUCUAACCAACUGCUUGGUGACUGGUGCACAUUGACACCACGCCACCCUGUCCUCUUCUGUCCCGUUAACGGUUAACCAGUGACAGAGCAUGGAUCACGCCUUCAGCCCUGUUGAAUCAGCAGGUGGCAGCAGUGUGGAGAAAUAAAGAACUGAAAAACCAAA